AUGGCGGGCGAUUGCUCAGCCUCGGCCCCGCGCGUGCGCCGCUUCUGCGUUUGUCGCCUGCCCUUGGUGUCGUCGUCCGUGGGAGGCAAGACACAUCUGCGCCUGAAAAGUCCUGGGCUACACUUCGCGCACGAAGCGAAGAAGAGCCAUACAGACGUGGCGUCCGCAGAAAGUCUGGAGGCUUUCAAAGCCUCAACGGUGAAAGCCAGGCCCAACAGCUACGCCAAGCUCAACCUCUUCUCCGCUGGGCUGCUGCCGGCCGGAGACCCACGAUUGGGGCCCAUCCACAGCAUCUUCGUGCUGAUGCUGCAGCCUACGGCAGAGUCCGUGGCCAGCUUGCGCAACGUGACCGGGCUCGUGCCAAGCAAUGUCCUUUUAGUGUCUGAUGGUUCACUGAAAGCUUACAGCGACUUUCGGACUUUCACACAAGGCCGGUCAGCUGGGAAGGGCCAGGCCUUGAAGAAGGGGACCGUGAUGGCCGCGGAAGCGAAGGCAAACUCCUUGCUAAUACUGCAAGGAGGUCAAGCGUUGUCACCGGACUUGUUGGUCUUUUUGAGCCAGUUGGAAGCGCUGCUGCACAGUCCCUGGGCCGUUUCGGGCGACCUGGGUUUUCCCCCGGGGGAAACGUCCAAGUCCGCCAAGAAGGCCCGAAAUGCGAAAGCAAGUGCGGCAAUUGCUGAGAAUCGACACCGGUGUUCCUCGACGAUGACAUCCAUGGCAUCGGAAUCCGCAUCGUCAUCGUCAUCCGUACCAGUCACGGAGGAGAUAGUUGAGGCGAUGUUGAUGCUGCUGAUUCGUCCUCAGCUUGAGCCAGCCGCUAGGCACGCCAGCCACGCCAGUCACGCCAGGCACCAGGUUGUUGGUCCUGUAGUGAAGCACGGCGUGGGCUCGACUGAAACAUCCCGGUACCUUCAGGGUGAUCACGGUGAAGUGAACAGAGGUUCUGUGAGCUUUUGGCUCUGA